AUGAUUAUUUUAUGGGAAGUAAAUUCUACAACUGCAAAGCAAAGUUAUCUUCAUCAUAAUGAAGUGGUGACAGAUUUAGAUUGGAAAAAUGAUACAAUUUUUGCAUCUUGUUCCUACGAUAAAUCGAUCUUUAUCUAUGACACUACAAAAAAAAAUCCAAUUACACAAUAUCCUCAUGACGAUAAAAUUUUUUGUUUAGCAUGGGAUCCUUCAAAAAAUUAUCUCGCAUCGGGUUCUGCUGAUACAACAGUCAAGAUAUGGGCUGAUGAUGAAAAAAAACUACACAGAGUACUUAAACACCAAAGAGAGGUUGAUAUACUAUGUUGGUCACCUUCCAUCUCCAAUAUAAAACUUCUUGCAACAUCAACAAAAGAUAAACAAAUAUCUAUUUGGAAUGCAGAUAGUGGAGAAUGUCUACAUACUGCUAAUCAAUUAUCUAAACCGAUCAAAUAUAUUUCCUGGCGUCCAGAUGGUGAAUGGAUAGCGUAUGGUUCGACUGAUUCGGUUGUAAGGUUCCUUUCAAUAAAGGACGAUAUUAUCACUCUUAAAAAAUCCUAUUCUGCUCCAUUUGCUAUCAUUGGCUUGGAUUGGAAUUCAGAUAAAUCAAAAAUUGCUGCUAGUCUGGCAAUUUAA